UGCAAAGCACUACAUAGUUUUCGAGACUUUCCCAGCACUGCUUGGGUGCCAGUGAAAAGUCAGCAGGGGAAAUGAAACGCGAAAAUAACUGAGUUGUUGGUAACAACGUAAACAUACAAGGCACUUAUACAUCUACCCACCAGGUGGCUAAGAUACAGGCAUAAGGCCCAGACUAUCCAGCUGCCAGGCGAGGAAGUGACAUCGCGGGUACUAAACUGAGCUGUUUCGCAUUGUUUGGAAAGAUAUUUAUUAAAUGGCAAAUGGCAACAACGCCACCACCAACGAAGAGGCCACAGCCAACAAACAGUGCAAGCAGGAGCCUCGGAACAUGCAGAAGGGUCCCCACCCUACAGCCGUCGAGGCGACUGCGGCCUCCGCGACGGUGGCAGUAAAUGAUCUAGUAGCUGAUCUCUGUCAAAACGAACGAAUGUCAGACCCUAGCGGAAUUCGACCCACAUUUUCUAGCACUACGAGUGCAACGACGGGAUCUGGACCGUCUUCCUCAUCGUCCUUUUCAUUCAAGCACUUUCUCAGCAGCACUGGCACUGUGACGGCACCGACAAGCACGGUUACAUCGGUGGAUGCACCUGUGGCAGUUCAGACGUCUACAGGUGCGCGACCGAAAGUGCCCCAAUCUGCCUCCACCUUCCAUAUGCAACCAUCAGAUGCGAACGGUUCCAGCGCCUCCUCCAAAAUGAAGCGCUCACCUCGAUUCAGUUCAUUCGACUCGCAGGCGAGUCUGGCAGAAUAUGCUGCCUGCGGAGGAGGUCCCGGCUGUAGUAGUGGUUCCCAGCGGCGCUUGCGACCAGAUCUGCGGAUGGAAAACCACGCCGUCGAUGAUGACCACGUGGCACUGGCCCAAGUUCGCAAUAGCAGGCUCUAUGACGAGCACGCAGAUGAAGAUAUCUUUCCCUCAGCUGCUUCGAAUCUGCAAUCGGCUGAGCCAGGGUUCGGCUACGUACAACGGUCUUAUUCCAGCUAUGAGAUGCCUCGUCCAGGAACGUGUCCCUCGUCUUCUCCACGACGGCGUCAAACUGGAAACAGAGAACAGCGACCUAACAGACUGGUCCUGCCUUGUGGCCCUAAAUUAAAGCUUGACCUACCCCUGGACACGGUCCCGGGAACGUGCGCAACUACCAGUUGUGGGUCUGCAGCUACGGCCGCCCUGCCCGACUUCGUUCAAGAUCAUCUUCCAGACGCGAGGUGUGCGAGCCAGGAAGCGCGCCUAAGUUCACCUCCUCAGUCACCGUUAGGUGCGGCAGAAGCUCCUUGCGGUCCAAUAGGUCAGCUACCGUCAGCACUGGCAUCGAUGGAUAUGACCAGUGCCGGUGCCAUAUCCGGCACAUCAGGCGAACCACCCGCUGGCUCUACGGUAAAAAUGCUGCCUGACUUUCUGUCGGACGGACCCAUAAUGCACUCAUCUCAGCGUCUAGCCGACGUGGCCAUUGGACUGCCAUCAAAUUCCAUAGACUCUCCUCCUCAAGAAGCAGUUGGCACAUUGCAAUUGUCAGGCUUACUGCAGGAAAACGAAAGCCUUAAAAGGGAACUGCAGGAGACGCGUUUUGAACUUAAUGCUCAGACAAGGAGAGCUAAUGAUUUUGAGAAGCAACUGCUGCAAUUAACAGAAUCUACGCGAAGGCGCGAGACAGUGGUCACAGCGGCAAAUACACAAACCACUCAGCGUCUGCGUCGCCAGGUGUCAGCGUUAGAGGCAGAGCUUUGCGCCUUGCGUAGCGCCAAUGCAACUGAUGGCGCCGCGGGAGGUGUACCUGUGGUCACUCCUGUUAGCGGCAGUGGUAGCGCUGCCAGCAGCGGAAGCAACUCAUCGCGUCCGUCCAGAACGCAGCAGUUGUCAAGGGAUCUGAUGCGUGCCGCCGAUACUGCCGAACAAAAUUUAAGGCAACUCUUAACUGGCGUAGAGAACCUUCGCCAGAUGGCGGCCAACCUUGAUCAACCAGUGGAGGGGACCACAUCGCCCUGCAGUCCCGAUUUAUAUAGCGAUUUCAAUUGAUUGGCUACGAAGGACUGCAUAAUACUAAAGAAGUGCCCCAACAGUAAUGUAGAUUUUUGUGUAACCAUUGUAGACUCCAAACCCAAAAGAGCUUCUUAUUAGACAACCCAGCAAAUGUUCUUAACUGGCAUCUAGUGUUUUGCAUUGGGCUGCAUACUGUAGAGGAAGAUUUGGUUACGGUUGUCUGGAAAUACAAUGUGAGAAUCAAAGCGAAAACAAGUGAUGUUGAUGGAUAAAGCAGAAUAUAUUAUUAUUUGAGGAACAGUGGAUAGUUAUACUUAUGGAUGUUAUUUAACAGCGCAUUGUACGACAAGAUUGCCCAGUCUGCACUGGGCAAGUCUAGCACAGACGAUACUCAUUUUGUUGAAAAAAAAAAUGACUUUUCUGUGCACCUUAGUAGUUUGUGCUUUAUACCUAGCAAACCAGAAUUCAAAUAAAUUGUUGAGACUAAACGCUCUGUAA